GGAAAUGGUAUAGCAUAAUGAACAGUAACAUGAAAUAAUUACAUUUAUAAAGAGUGAAAUGAGUUAUAAUAGUAAUAAAAGUGAAUGCAACAACUGUUGUGCAUCAUAUUGAAUUGUUAUUUCGAAGUGGGAGUAGGUAAACCGUAAGGAGUGCAACAGUCAGUAGCAAAUGGCGAAUUUCUUUGACAAUUUAAGGUCAACAAUGAGGGGCAUGUCACCAUCAGAGGUUGCAGAAUGCUACACUAAAUGGACGGAAAAUGGGCAGUAUGACAAGGACAUGGAAGCACGCAAUUUUUCUGCACCAUCAAUUUUAGCUGACGAAGUGGCCAAAUGUUUCCCGGUGACUAGAGAUAAAAUUAAGAUAAUGGACAUUGCCUGUGGAACCGGUCUUGUUGGAGAAAAGCUAGCAGCGUAUGGCUUUACAGAUAUUGAUGGUCUUGACCCAUCUGAAGGAAUGUUAAAUCAAUGUAAGGAAAGGCGUCACUACAAGAAGCUAUAUCAAGAAUUCUGUGGUGACAAUCAACUUCAUAUUGAUAAUGGUAAAUAUGACUGUUUGUUAGUGAGUGCUGGAAUUGGUGAGAACCAUAUACCUUGUUCAGGCCUAAUUGAGAUGAUUCGUAUAGUAAAAACAGGUGGUCUUAUUUUAAUUGCGACAAGAAAAGAGUUUAAAGAAUAUGUCGGAAAUGAUAUUGAUGAACUAGAUACCUUCAUAUCGGAAAUGGAGAGUGCAAACAAAGUAGAACUGAUUGAAAGACGGGAUUUUGCGGCUUACUCGGCGGAGAGAGACGGAAUUCUUUACAUACUGAAAAUAAAGUGACGACAUUGUAAUAUUUGCCCAUGCUGUACAAGUAUUCGGUACCUUUAUAUGAAAAGAUAUUAUUUUGUAAUCCCAAGUAUGUACAAAUUUAUUGCAUUGCUGCAAAGUAAUAAUAGAAAAUAGCUAUGUAAAUUAGAAGUUUAUUACAAAAAUACUAUGACUGUAAGAACUUCAGUAUUAAAUAAUGUUCAAUGAUAGAUCAAAAUCUUGAUUUUGCUUCUGAAUUAUGUUCAUCUUAACUUAACUUAGGCUUAAUAACAAUCAACGUAAGUUUCAUAACAAUUAUUGAUUUCUCUAUAUUAUUUGUAUUAUUGAUUUCUUUGUAUUUAUUGCACUGAAAUGUACAUUUUACUUGAAAAUUAUAAUGUAUAUGAUGAUGAACUAUG